UGUUGUUCACCGUUCUUCAGCGAUUAGUUAGCUACUUCUCUACUUGGAGUUAGUAACUGUUCGAGGAAGAAACACGCAUGUAGCUACUGUUUGUGUUUUGACCGGAGCGCAAUACCCUGGUACGGACAAAUUAAGCUAUGUGUGAUAGAUCGAUGUGUGUGUCUUCUGCCUGCUUCAUGCGGUUUGAUUAGAAAAUACGUUCCGCUAGCUGCCCGUCAUGCAUUGCGGUCGUUGCAUGACAUGCGUCCAAAUUUAGUACAUCCAUCAUUGUGUUGGUCAAUUUUUAGCUUGACAAUUUUCCUGCUAUGUGCGAAUUGAAGAACACAGGACAGUGAGACAUGCGAGUGUCUUGCUAUUUAAAUGUUCUAUUUUUCGUUUAAAUUUGUUUAUUGGUUUGUUGUUUGGAGUUAAUCUCGAAGAAUGAUAUAAUUACAAUCGUGUGGAUCCUCAAGGAGUCAAGAGUAAAGUUUUAAAUGUCGGGCUAUGGCAAAUUUUGGCAGAAGCCUUAGCACACUAAAUUGGUGCCAUAGCGCGCUAAAUUAUUAUAUCGUACGAUGCUAAAUGGCACUAAACGAAUUAGCAUAAUGCCCUUCCAAAAGCUAUAACAUUAAGAUAGUCCACUAUUUAAAACUAUGAUCAGGAGGAACCUAGUAUUUGUGGGUAGAGAAUCAACAGUGUAAAACCAAUUAGGGCCGUGUGAGGGUCGAUCUGAUUGGGAUGUAUGCAUAUGUAUGUGUGGGCGAUGGAAGCAAUGGAACACAAAUAAUAGAAACUCGUUUUUUUCCUAAUUAGAGAUCCAGAUAAGGCAAAAAAGCAAGAUACCGUAUUAUAAAUAAAAAGAAAACACGCUACAUCACCCCCCACGCACACACACACACACACUCACCAAACCAAAUACACUUUCAGUUUCAAUAUAUAAGGUGUAUUUGUUUCUUUUUUUUUUUUGCGGGUGAAGGUGUAUUUGUUUCUUGAAAGUAUGAUUUCUUUAAUUUUGACCAAAUUUAGAGUCUAAAAUAUUGACAACCACAAUACUAAAAAUUAAAAUAUGAAAAUUCAUUUCAUGAUGAAUCUAAUGGUACCAAUUUGAUAUUCCGAAUAUUGAUAUAUUUUCGAAUCAACCUGUGGUUGGGAUGGUUAGGACAGUGGUAUCCCCAGCCCACCAGGGUUCAAGUCCUGGUACUCGCAUUUAUCCUCGAACGAGACGCCUACGUUGACUUUGUAAAGUCUUAAGAUGAUAUGCCGGCUUAGACUCUUGGAGGUGCUCAUAGGGGUAGUAUGUGCGUAUGUGUGUUCAUAGGGAUGAGUGUAUGCGUGUCUGAACUGUGUUAAAAAAAUAUUGAUAUAUUCUUCUACAAAUUUGGGCAAACUUAAAGAUGUUCAACUUUUGAAAAAAAUUAAUACAUCUUAUAUUGAAAACCCCAUGACACCAAUGGCACAGCAAAGUGCGUGCAAUCCUUCUAGUUAUUUAUAGAAUCACUAUAUCCAUCAUUUAGUUCAUUCACAAUUUCUCACCCACCGGACACGGCAAUCUAACAUAUAAAGCCUGGUAGAGUACCCGCCAUUCCAGGGGCAUUCGCGGCGCGCGUGCGUUGUGGCCGCACGAUUUCACAGCAAUAGGGAUUUUUACGCUGCUGUCAAAGUCGUGGCCGUUAGUCCUCUAUGACUCAUUUGUUUUGCUUCCUUGUCCAUGACGAGUGGGCCUCAAAUGUCUACGGGCCCAGUGUAUUGGUGCAUCCCGUGUGCGUCCUGGGUGAAAAAGCGAGAGGCGUGGGGCUGGAUCGUAGGGCGCGGUGAAAACCUAGCCCCCAAUCCCAUUCGUCUCCAAGCAGCCAAUCCCUCCACUUCUCGAGCCCCCUCCCCUCCUUCCCUGGUCUCCACUGCGCCGCCUCCCCCUCCCCCCUUCCCUUUUCUCCUCCUGUGCUCUCGCCCAGGCCAAGCCGAGCGACCUCCUGGCAAGCAUCUACUCCAUCUUGUUCUUCUCCGGCUGAACAGCAGCGAGCCCGCGGAUCUGGCGUCCCGGGAGUGGAAGGGGAUCUAGCGUCUGGGAGUGGAAGAAACGAGGAGCAUCCACCCGAUGGGGGAGGAGGUGGCGCCCAGGGAGAGGGGUGGCGGCAGCCCCUCUGCCUACCACCGAGCUCUGGGUGAAACAUGGAGGCGGCAGGGAGCAUGGGAGCGAUAGCGGUGACUGGAUGCCAGGAGCUUGACGAGGUCCAUGCCGGCAGCACCCUCGCCCUCAACCUUAGUGGCGGCGUGGCUGUACAAACGACGCCGGGCGACGGUGGGGCUGGAGAAUCAGGAAAGUCCAUGAUAUCUAUGCAGAUAAAUCUUCUUUUCUGGACCGGCUUUGACGUGGCGGAACACAAGGGCUAUACGACAGUCAACCAUGUCAUCGUGUACCAGACAAUCAAAUUAAUGUAUGAUGGGGCUAAAGAGCUUGCCCAAGGGGAAUCCGACUACUCAAAAUAUGCUAUUUUACCUAAUAAUCAGAAAUAAGCUAAGAGAGGCGGAAUCCGACCCUGAUGACAGCCAAAAUCAAGCCCCACUCCUCUCUCUCUGGCACCUACUCUUCAGAUGGCCAACAACACUUUGCCAGCAACGGCUGCUGUCCAGUUAAGAGCAAGUAUGUUUUGUCGCUGAAGCAUUAUUUGGAUUAUAGUUACUUCUCUGUUUCUGUGAAUAACUACACAUGUGUUCUUCUACUUUUCAUACAGUCAAAUUCUUAUCUUUGUACAUGGAUCCAUUAAGAACAUUAAAUAGACCACCCAGUUCAUGUAGAAUAUUGUCCAAUGCCUUCAAUUAUGCCAUGAUGUACUCAUACAAGGUGAUGUUAUAACCAUAUCUAGAGAAGAUCACAGACAAAUUUCUUCAGCACUAUUGUGUUCACUAUGCUCUCCACUGGCAUGUUAGCAUUAUACAGUGUUCUUGUGAUAACUGAGAAAUAUAUUGUGGCUACUGUCAUGGCAAGGCUACUACAAUCCUGACUUUGUCAAGUAUAAAGUAUUAUUGAGAUUAUGAAGUUUGU